AUGUAUUGUAGCGACAUUGUGGAUGACCGGGAUAGUGACGUGGAUUACGAGCGUUUACUGUUGCAGCGCGCCAUGUCUGCACCCAAGGGCAGUCAAGCGGUGGCUGAGACCCGGGAGAGGUUUGCGAAUUUCGACAUUCUCGAAUUGAAGGACCAUUACCUCGGCGAAGACGAUUACAUUAACCAUUACUAUCCGUUGUACUUGAUAGAGGCGAAGCAGGCGAUAUAUCGUGCGCGCGAAAUGGAAAUGUCGGCCCAAAGUGGGGAAAUUGUAACGCAGCAUUCGGUGAUGUUGAAGCACGAAGACACCUUCGAGGUGGUGAUCGAGAGGCACUCGAUUGGCGCGUCGAUGGGCAUAGGUGACCUCGUAUUACUGUACAAGGACGGUCCUGCCCCGAACCACUUCUCCACACGGGCCGCGUUCUUGGAGCAAGUGAAGGACGGAAAUAUAGCUUUUCUGGAGUCUGCGGAUCCGAGUCGGCUGGUGAACGACAAUGAAGAGGAGAGCCCUGCGACCACGCCUGGUCCAGGAAGCAAUGCACCUGGAGCUGGAACUGGCGGAGCUGGAACUGGCGGAGCUGGAACUGGCGGAGCUGGAACUGGCGGCGGUUUGGGGGAAAAGAACAACCUGCCGGCGGUGGACGGUGACGGGAACGCUCUGAGAGCGUGUUCUCCGUUGGAAGACAAUCCGCAUCAUGCGCUGGGUGUGAUAGAUUCGAUGGGAAGAGGGCUUGUAACAAUUCGUAUUUUAGUGCGCGAAUCUUCUUUGACUCCGGCGGACUUUAAGAUUACUGUGCCUAGCAAGGAUUCGAAUGAGAAACGACAGGCGACGGUGGACUUCAUGUUUCGCCGUGAAACCUAUCGAAUGCAUUGGUUGGUGGAGCAGUUGACGAACCGGAGUGACCCUACAUGGUAUUUGGCGAAGGUGAUGAAUCUGACGACGAUAUUCCGUGAAUACCAAGCUUUAAUGGCACUGCCGGACGUAUUAUUGAGGAACUAUUUGUUACAGACGGCGGCUGGUAGUGCUCCGAAGGAUGGCAAGCAAUUGGAGCGGUGGAAGCGACGUCGUGAGGCUGAGGAGCGUAGUGAAAAGUUUCAGAUUCCUCAGCAAUUGCGAAAUACCUUGGACAGAUUGUAUAACGCAUCACAGAUGGCCGCUCUUGAGGACUGCCUUAAGUCCAUGGGCAUUACAUGUAUUCAGGGACCACCAGGAACGGGCAAGACGACUACGAUUAUGGGAAUUUUAUCGGUGAUUUUGAACGCACAAAAAACGAAAGAAGACACAGAGAAGGACAAGUCAUUACUGGACGUUUCCGCCGAGCCCUCACCCAUCAACUCCGAUGACGAAGCGGAGAAUACCCCUAGUCGCCGUAUUGCUCGUUGUAACCUUCCCUGGCUCAAAGCACCAUCCCAUUGUAUCUCAUGGCAGGAUGAACAGGAUUUUUCUUUGGAGGAUAUAGCCGAUCCCACACCAGUACCGAACGCGAUACAAGAGAGAGAGUAUAUAGAUGUCAUCCGCUCCGCCGUUUCGGAACCACCAAAACGUAUUUUAGUGUGCGCUCCAUCGAACGCGGCCAUUGAUGAAAUUGUGCGAAGACUAACGCGUGAUCCAAAGCAAGGUGGUGGCAUUUACGACACGAAUGGGGAACGGCAUACUCCCCAGGUCUUACGUGUUGGACCUAAUUGUCACAGUGAUUUGACAAAUUGGUCUUUGAGGGAACGUGUGCGACGACGUAUGGAACUUGAAGGUAAAGGGGGCCAGAAUGAGGAGGCUUUGAAACUCGCUUUGUUGGCAGAAUCGCGAGUUGUUUGCUGCACCCUGAGUGUGGCUGGAGCUCGUGAGCUUACGUCGUUCCAUGAGGGAUUCGAUACCGUGGUCGUUGACGAGGCGUCACAAGGCGUCGAACUCUCCACGUUGGUCCCACUUAAAUUGAACGCGAAACGACUAAUCCUGGUAGGCGAUCCGCGCCAACUACCGGCCACCGUGUUCAGCAAGGUUGCCGGCGACCUGCACUACGAUCAGAGCCUGUUCCAGCGCUUAGAAAAGGCUGGGCACAAGAUCAACAUGCUCAGCGUUCAAUACCGCAUGCAUCCCCGCAUCUCGGAGUUCCCCUCGCAAGCCUACUAUGACGGUAACCUGGCCGACUGGGAGGGUGUGGAGGCCGCCUGUAAGCCUCCGAUCCCGUACUACCACGUGCCCAUAUUCAAGCCCGUAGUAUUUUUUUCCCUCGAUUCUCAGGAAAGUUCCCAAAGCUCAAGUAAAGUCAACAUGGACGAGGUCGACUUCAUCAUCCAAAUGAUCGACUUGCUCAAGAUACUUUUCAGCGGGGUACCCGAAUACAACUGGAUGGAACGCAUUGCUGUCAUCUCACCCUACGCCGAACAAGUCAAGACUUUAAUCAAACAAAUCAAGGCACUUAUGGGCGUGGACAAACAACAACCAUGUCCCAUCGACGUGAACACCGUCGACGGAUUCCAGGGACGAGAAAAAGACCUUGUGCUCUUCUCAGCCGUCCGAGCUCAGUACAUCGGUGAUAGCGGUAUUCUACCUAACAAAGCAAACGUUGGUUUCCUAGCUGAUGUUCGGCGCAUGAAUGUCGCCCUAACAAGGGCACGUCUCAACCUAUGGGUUGUCGGAAAUGGACGCUACCUUUCCAAGAAUCCCGAAUGGGGUAAGUUUGUGCAACACUGCAACAACAAGAAUGCCAUGUUCAAUGUUAACCAUGUAAAGUACUCCAAGUCCGGCUUCCUCAAACACUGGCUAACCGCCUACCUAGAACGAGUACCCGAGGCCGCUGAACCCUUCCUCAAUGCCGUCCCAGACUUCCUGGAACGAAUCAAAACAGACUCCAAAUUGCUACUGGAAGCCGAAAGAGCCGCCGCGGCCGCCUUGGCCUCACAGCAAGCCCGAGAAGAGGAACUUGCGUCCUAA